AUGCUGAAAGUUUGGAUUUUUGAAGUAUUUGGGAGGAAAAACUUGGGCUUCGAGGAAGUUGUUAAGGAGCUAAGAGUCCUAGAUGAUGUUGUGGCAAAUGUAUCUGAGUCGGUUCCUUCUUCUGUUUCUAGAAAUAGAUCUUUAGCUCAAUCUUGUGUCUGGGAGCAAUUACACCAAAGAGAAUCUAUCAUUCGACAAAAUUCUAGAUGCACUUGGUUCAAAGAAGGCGACCAAAACUCCAAGUAUUUUCACUCUUUUAUGAAGGCAAGACAAAAGGGCAAUUGUAUUUUUUCUCUUUUCCAUGAAGAUUCAAUUAUUGAAGAUGUUGACGAGAUUAAUUCACUAGUUUUUGAUCACUUUAAUUGCACGUUCAAAGAUCCUAACCUAAGGAGGCAUAAGUUGGAAGGAGUUUGUUUCAAAAAAUUAUAUGUGGAAGACAAAGUUAAUCUUGAAGCUCCUUUAUUUCUUCUGGAUAUUAAGGAUAUCAUUUGGUAUUCGGCUAAGGGCAAAAUUCUCAACUCAGAUGGAUUCACUGUAGGGUUCUAUAAAGUGGCAUGUGACAUCAUUGUUUCAUUGUGUUAA